GUGGAUAGGUGGAAAAGAAGAUAGACAGGUAGGACAAAUCAUGGGGAUUCCACUACUGCCCGGGCUUUUCCUUACCCAGUUUAACAAAACACCUUCCAUAGGCAAUUUACAUCUCCUUCGUUUAGUGCCUUUUGUUUUCUAGCGGGGGUUGAGACAAAGUUAGAAAAGAGCGAAACCGAGGCAAAAUUAAUAUUAGUUUCUUUAAGAAAUCAGUAAAACUUUUUUUUGAGCACUUUGCAUUAAAUCCAAUUAUAAACCACCUUUGGAGUUCCUUUUGUGAAGUAUUGAUUCACACCAGCAGGGGGCAAUUCAAAACUCCUCACUGCGCGCUGUCUUUUAGUUGUAGUAAUGUUGGGAAAACAUCGAGAGAACCGAAAAUAACGAGAGUUUGAAGAGAGCCGAAUAGUUUGCUUUGUUGCAGGUUGAUCAAUGCACAAAGUUGUGAUGUGAUAGCUCCAGACAUACACUGCACACUGACAGCUGUACGUCGGAAGGGUUUGCAGACAAGAGUCACCAAGUGGGAAGAUUUUGCAAAAAAAAGGGGAGACUUUAGUCUGGGUUGAGGCGGCUGUAAAUCUGUCGACACUGUCGUGCAGUUUACUUCUCGGUUAGAAGGGGAGAGGGGAGGGAAAUGUGCACCUCUCUCGCUGUUCUGUUUCUAGUGCAAUUCUUUAUCCUUGGAUUGACAACUACCGACAAUAUCCAACAGCACCAUGACCUGACAAGAGGCGCCAGCGGUAAAUGGUACAAGUGGCAAGAGAUACCAGAGCAAAGUGACCUCCAGCUGAAAAGAACAGCAAUUCAACAAGUGCCUGGGGCUGACCAGUGGCUUGGAGAGCACCUGGAGACUGCAGGAAACACCAGCUCAAAUCCUGACAGCCCAAAAGAACCCGAGCAAAGAGCAAGGCGGGGGGCAGAUCAAAAGGGCACUGUUGCCCCAGUAGAGGCAACAGCCGCGUCUCCCCCACAAGGCAACUCCGUGGAAUCGACUCAUUUCCAACUAAGUUCCAGGAUCCCUUCGCUCAAAGAUGAGGGGGUGCAGGUAUCAGGGGGUGAAGCGACGUCUGGAGUUCGAGGUGAGGAACUGAAUGGAUUGGAAACAACAGCGAGGAGACUCCAGCUGCAGAACAGCCUGUACCCUGUCACUGACAGCACCUACAGCGCGUACGCCGUCAUGUUUCUGUCCUUGAUCCUGUUCGCGGUCGGCAUCAUUGCAAACCUAGCCGUGAUGUGCAUUGUCUGUCACAAUUAUUACAUGAAGACCGCCUGGAAUAACAUUCUCGCUGGCAUGGCUUGUUGGGACUUUUUUGUCAUCUUCUUCUGUCUGCCGGUGGUCAUCUUCAAUGAGAUCACCAAGAAAAGGUUGCUCGGGGACAUUGGCUGUAAGGUGGUGCCCUACCUGGAGGUUUCUUCUCUUGGAGUCACUACCUUUAGCCUAUGUGCAUUAAGCAUUGACAAGUUUCGUUCUGCAACAAGCACACAGUCACAAAUUAGGCUGAUAGAAAAUUGUCUAUCUAUUGUGGCCAAGAUGGCAGUCAUCUGGAUAGGAUCUAUGUUGCUGGCCCUCCCUGAAGUCCUUCUCUGGCAACUGAAUCAAAAGACUUCCAUUGUGUCUGGGGUUAUCACUGACUAUUGCAUCAUCAAAACAUCUUUGAAUCUCCCUGAGCAUAUCUAUGAACUUGCACUGACCUAUGAGAAUUCCAGGAUGUGGUGGUACUUUGGUUGCUACUUCUGUUUGCCCAUCAUUUUCACAGUGACUUGCCAGUUGGUGUUGAGACGAGUAAGAAACACAGAGAAGAAAUCCAACCUCAAAAUUAUUUCUCAGCAUGCUCAGCAUGAAAAUCAAAAGAAUAAUACCUUGAUUGGUCUGACUAUCCUCUAUGGCUUCUGCAUUAUCCCGGAAAAUGUUUCCAACAUCGUGGUGACCUAUACCUUUCCUGAAAUCUCCAAGGAGACCGUUGACUUGCUCAACAUUAUUAAUCAGUUCUUCCUGUUUUUCAAGUCCUCUGUAACCCCAGUGUUGCUUCUAUGCCUCUGUAAACCUUUGGGCAGAGCCUUCAUGGAUUGCUGUUGCUGCUGCUGUGAUGAAUGCGUUCCAGAGACUUCAGAAAUUGAUGUUCAUGACAGCAAGCUGAAGACAGAAAUGGCAACUAUUUUCUGUGAUAAUUCCAAGGAAACACCAACAAUGAUGACCCUAGGCACUCAAUGUUAGUUACAAUCCUUCACAUUCAACCUGAAGGCUCAAUGGUGAAGCAUGCCCAUUUUCAAAAACACACUUAAUUUUUUGACUUAGUGGUGCUCUUUUUACUGCCCAAAAUGACCUAGUAAAUAAGGUGAAAUUUAGUUAGCUGUAGUUAAGUUCCUGAUGUGUGAAUAACUAAUAUUUCCUUGCUGAGUUUAAGUUUUAUUUUAGACAGUUAAAUAAUAAGAUGCAAUUUUUUAAUGAAAUACAGUCAAAAAGUAUUAAAAUAUAAUUUCUUGCUCCAAAAUAUUAGAAAUACAUCCAUGUAGCAUAAAAUUCCCUACAAUAAAUUCCUAGUGGAUCAUAGUAUCUAACAUUCUAACUAAAACUUUUAAUUUAAAACACGGAGGAUAGUUUUUUUUUUCAUUUUUACUUGUGAUGCAUUGUUAUCAUGUUGAGAAUGACUAUCAGUUGAACAUACAACAAUUCCUAUUAUUAUCAAGAUUAACGAGACUGCAGUGCAUGAAGAACCUUUAACAUUCUCCUAAUUUCUAGAUCUGCACUUUUAUAAAUAUUGUCUUUUGAACCCCUUAUAGUGUCAGAAUGUAUUGUCUAGACAUGAGUUUCCAAAUUUAAUAAAUAAUUAGAUAAAUAGCUGUUUUUAUAUUCACAAUCUUAUAUGUUGAUGGGGAAACCAGCUGCUGUGUAAUUUCACAACAGUGUUGGCCUAGUACAAUGUCAAAUAAAAAUAUGAACCGGUUUCUUUGGUUCUGGUUUGUGCUUUGUUUUA